ACAGGGUCUGAAGGGGACUCACGGCAGGGAGCUGAGAGCCCGGAGCUUAGGUACGGGCACUGGAGCAGCGGCUCUCCGCACUAACUCUCCUCGCCUCGUCAGCGGGGACCCUGCCUCAGAGCCCGGCAACUCGCGGCCGUCGCCCGUGCAGCCUGAGUGCCCCUUGUCUCCCCUGCACGUGUCGCGCCCCGCGCGCCCCGUCUGGCCGCCGCGAUGAGCGAGCUUAACACCAAAACAUCCCCAGCAACCAACCAGGCAGCUGGCCCAGAGGAAAAGGGGAGAGCUGGCAAUGCCAAGAAGGCUGAGGAGGAGGAGGAGAUUGAUAUUGAUCUGACGGCACCAGAAACAGAGAAGGCUGCCCUUGCUAUUCAGGGCAAGUUCCGGCGAUUCCAGAAAAAGAAAAAGGAUCCCAGUUCCUGAAUAACCAGCCUUACCCUUCACCUUGCUCCCUUCCCUCCCUUUCUCCACAGCUCUGACUCCUACGUAUCUUUGUCUCUUUGUCCCUCAAACUUCUCCUUGAGGCAAGUCCAACCCUUAUACAUUAUUUUCUCUGGCCCCUCAAGCCAUCGCAGCCGCAGAGGCACAGGAACACAGGGAAGAUGAAGAAUUCAACAGGCAGCCACUUGCUUAAGGGUGGAACGUUUUCUCCUUGGGAUACAGUUCCUUGAUCAGUACCUGUGCCUGCCCUAUGAGGUUGAAGAGCAAGAGGAUUUGAGGUUGAGAGACGGACCCCUGACAAUGUGGGAGGGAGGGAAAAGCCUUCAGAGUAGGGUGCCGAGGGUGGGGCAUAUGCCCUGUUCCACUGGUUACUACAUUCACACUUCAGGUAGCAUUUUUUCCCCCUUCACAUCCUUCUCAUCAGGACCUCAACUUCCCUCCUAUGAGCUAAGCCACAGUGGGGACUGGAGCCUCCCUUUCCCCUGGGCAGACCUAAAUCAAGCUGCUCCCAUGUUAGUGCAUGCUGAGUAGAUUAGUUCCAAGGAAGGGAGACUGGGACUGGUAGAGACAAGGAAAAGUCUCCUUCGUCGUCUAGUCUAGAACCGUAAGGGGCAGAAGUGGAAGAGGUUCAAGGGGCCACAGGCAGGGAAAUGGGAAGAUUUGGGAAGGAAAUCGCCAGUUGAUUUGGGAAGGAAAGACAAAUGAAGGAGGAGGAGAUCCCUACAGACACAAGUUACUGCUGGUAAAGGUGUACUAUAUGAAGGAUUCUUGGGGCUUUGUUAACCUGCCUACCUCUAACCCCUCAUGCCUGGCCACCCCCAGAGGCCACAAAAACCAAGUGACCCUUGUAGUUCCCACCUGCCCCACUGUGGAGUCAGAGCAGAAGUGGAACAGCCACUCUAUGUGAUUUUAGCAUGUUUAAUAAUUAUGAAAACAAUAAACAAAACCCUCAGGUGGGGCCAUUUGACCUCUA